GGAUCUCUGAUAAAAGUUAAUGUUUAUGUACUGCUUGCUGUUUAAUUCAGUUCUCAAAAACCCUGGUGAAUUUCCUUUUGAAGUGCUCUCUGCUAUUCCAGAGUGUGGAUUGUGGCAGGAUCGUUUUCAUGGCAGGGGCAAGGAAGCUCCUCUCCAGAAUUCCACUUUUAAAGUCUCUUAGUGCCUUCAAGUUGCCUUGUAGAAUCAUGAGUCAACCUUGCAGUGGAUCUCCAGCUCUGGAUUUCUCAGACACCGAAGCCCUCUACAAAAAUGUGCCAGUGCAUUUUAAUUUUGCAAGAGAUGUCCUGGAUCAAUGGAGCCAAAAGGAAAAGGAUGGGAAGAGACCUUCCAAUCCUGCCCUUUGGUGGGUAAGUGGGAAAGGCGAGGAGGUGCGGUGGAGCUUUGAGGAGCUGGCAUUCUUAUCCAGGAAAGCAGCCAACGUCCUCUCCAAAGCUUGCAAUUUGCAGAAGGGAGAUCGAACCGUCAUCAUCCUCCCAAGGGUGCCUGAGUGGUGGCUGAUCAGUGUGGGCUGCAUCAGAGCAGGUGUCACCUUCAUCCCAGCCACAACCCUGUUGACUGCUAAAGACAUAUUGUACCGGCUCCAAAAGUCUCAGGCCAAAUGUAUAGUUACAAAUGAGGCCUUGGCUCCAUUGAUCGACUCUCUUGCAUCUGAUUGCCAGUUACUGAAAACUCGGAUGUUGGUCUCCAAAGGCACCAGCAGAGAAGGAUGGCUGAACUUCCAUGACCUGCUGAAUACUGCAGACGGUGAUCAUCAGCCUGUCAAAACAAGGAGUCAGGAUCCAAUGACCAUCUACUUUACCAGUGGAACCACAGGUUAUCCCAAAAUGGUGGAACACUCCUGCAGCAGUUUGGGGAUUGGGCUGACAGUUGUUGGAAGGUACUGGAUGGACCUGAAUCCUUCCGAUGUGAUCUGGGGUUUCUCCGACACAGGCUGGAUCAAAUUCGUCUUCAGCAAUUUGUACCCUUCGUGGAUCCAAGGGGCAUGCAUCUUUCAGCACGGCAUGCUCCAGUUCGAGCCAACGACUGUUCUCAAUACCCUCACCAAGUAUCCAGUGACCACAUUCUGUGGCCCCCCAACUGUUUAUCGUAUGCUUCUGCAGCACAAUGUUGGCAGAUACCAGUUCAAGAGCCUGAGACGGUGUCUGAGCGGUGGAGAAGGCAACAGCCCUGAAGUGAUGGAGCAGUGGAAAGCGCAGACAGGAGUGGGAAUCCGUGAAGGCUAUGGGCAGACAGAGACUACUAUGUUAUGUUCGACUAGGAGAGAUAUGAAAGUCAAGCCUGGCUUUGCUGGAACACCAGCUCCUCCCUUUGAUGUCCAGAUAAUAGAUGAACAUUGCAAUCGCCUACCUCCUGGGGAAGAAGGAGACAUUGCUGUUAAAAUCAAGCCCAAACGGCCCUUGGGUCUCUUCACCUGCUAUGUGGAUGACCCUGAGAAAACAGCCGCAACAGAGCGUGGGGACUUCUACAUCACCGGGGACAGAGGGAUCAUGGACGAAGAGGGAUAUGUCCAGUUUGUGGCAAGAGCCGAUGACGUUAUCUUGUCCUCUGGGUAUCGCAUUGGGCCAUCUGAAGUAGAAAAUGCCUUGAUGGAGCACCCGGCAGUGGCAGAAGCAGCCGUCGUCAGCAGCCCAGAUCCCGUCCGAGGAGAGGUUGUGAAAGCUUUCGUUGUCCUGUCACCAGUUUAUCAGUCACAUGACAAAGAAAAAUUAAUUCUUGAACUGCAAACGCAUGCCAAGAAAGUGACGGCUCCUUACAAAUACCCCCGAAAGAUAGAGUUUGUUCAAGACCUACCCAAGACAAUUUCUGGGAAAAUCCAGAGGAAGGAGCUGAGGCAGAAAGAGUGGGGGAAAGCCUAAGGAGACUAUCAA